AUGAGUGAAUAAUAAACUCAAAAAAGCAUUUACCCAUUUUAUUAAUUUUGUUUAGGAGGGGCAUCACAAAACUUUUUGAAGUGUACUAAUUGUUUUAUCUUGGGUGUUAUUAUAAUUAUUUUGCUUUCUAUUCUGGUUCUAUAAUUGCUAAGGAGAUAUCAAACAGGAACUAAGAAAUUGUCGAAAAAAUGCAUCAUUUUGUACAUGAUUAUGACCAACUUUCUAAGUAAUCAUGAUUACCAAUUCAAGUUUUAUUAGUAGAUUCCUUCAUCAUCAGCAACAAAUACGUGACACAAUUAGAACCUUACUUCAGAAUGAUGGUGUUCGUCUUCUUUUAUUACUACAUCAGUCUUAAAUUAAGCAAACUAUCCACAGACAGGAGGAGAGCGUAAGCAAAAUUCAGAUACAUUACUUUGUUCUUAUUCGUUUUGGUGCUCGUUGGCUUAAUAUUUGUACUCAUAGAAUUGAUUUAAGACGACGACAUUUUCUACGAAUGCUAUUGUAAGAAAUAACUAAUUCUAGUUAAAUAUAGUAAAAUUUCAAGAAUAGUGGGAGGGUGCGUAACAGCAAUUCUCGUAGUCUUCAGUCUGAAGUUGCAAAAAAAAAUGGAUGAUAAAGUUUAACCGCUUUACAAGGAUCUUCCACUUUUAUAGAUGAAGACAUUCCAAAACAACGAAACCCAAAGAGAAGACUUGAGAAUAAUAAUUGUCAUGUAUAGUGCCUCCCAGUUUUUAACAAUAUUCUAAAUGAUUUACUUUAUUGCAAAGGAACAAGUCAAUUCGGAAUUGUAAUUUCCCAAUUGUACUCCUUGUCAGAUGAUCCCUUGUCUGAAGAUGUCAGUCAAUAACACUAUUGCAUUUGAACUCUUCUUGAGAUUGUGUUUCCUGACAAUCAUCAUCAUAUUGCCAUACCUAGCAUUAAUCUCCUUCUUCUGGGUCAAUUCGAAUUAAUUGCAUAAUGAUUAUGUAUAAAAUUCUAUAUUCAAUAUGUUAUAGCAUAGAACCAUCUCGAAUGAAGAGGAUAUUUGGAUUAAUUUCUUUAAGAAAAUGGGAUACGAAAGAUCCAAGAUGGCCUUAUCAGACAUCACAGAAUAAUAAGAAAAAUCUUCAUCAUUAGAUGUUUCUAAAUGA